GUAAUUUAAUAAUGCAAUAUACUACGACUAUUCUCAAAAUAACAACAAGCAUAGAUAAUAAUAAAUGACACCGAGGAUUUACGUGGUAUACCUUGAUUUUGGGCCAGUCCACGGGAACUGCAGCUCCGGAGUAUUUCUUUACUAUAACAAUGAUAGGUUACAGAGAUUUUCUCGAUACAAGAAAUAGAACACACGGUGUUUCCAAAACAACCUCACUAUUUCACUCACAAGGAAAUCUCCUAUCUACCCGUGGUAGUGAAAACGUUUCACUACCAAAAACCCACAAAAGAAAUACGAACAGAAGCAGAACAAAGGAAAUGGAGAAUGAUGGAAUGUUGAAGGAUGAUGGAAAUGAGGCUACUGCCUCUGCCUUUUAUAGGCUAAUGGGAGACAAAGGGAAAUGAAUUCCCACCUGCUCACUCACCUCCCCAACUGCAUUCAGUGACUUUGUUGACAUUUUUUUUUUAAUUUCCACCGCCAGCUGAAUUGCUGGCCUCUUCCUCACCAUAUGUAGGCGGGCCAACAAGACGGACUGACGGAGGAUGCGAUGGCGCCGCCUAGGCUCUCCGGAAUGCAGAAGCAAGUUCUCAGCCUCUACCGAGGCUUUCUGCGUGCAGCUCGCUUGAAAUCUCCCGACGAUCGGAAGCAGAUCGAAGCCGUCAUCUCCGCCGAGUUCCGUCGCAAUUCCGAGCAAGUGGAUCGGAAGAACUUCGUCUACAUCGAGUACUUGCUCAACCGCGGCAAGAAGCAGCUCGAUCAGCUUAAGAGCCCCGGCGUCAUCGGCUUAUCUUCUUUCAAUGUCGGUCAGCGAUAACUAAAAUUCAAGCAUUCCCCUUUUUGGGUAAUUAGAGGAUUGAUGAUCUGCAUUUUUUUUUGUAUUUUUUACUCCGGCAUGAGUUAAUAUUUUCGUAUGGCCUGAAUUUUGACCAAAAUAAACAUCCUUGUCAAUCUUUUCGAUCUAUAACAUCUUGGCCCGAACUAUACACCAAAAUAAAUAAUUUGACCAAACUCGAUGUUAGUCAACGCGCCACGUCAUUACCAAGUCAGAAGAUCUGAUAAAUAUUUAUUUAUUUU